CCUCCCCCCUUUCCCCCUUCAUUCCUGCGACCCGCUCCACCGUAUCCUCACUGCCAUCCUUAGCUUCUUUUUUUCUUCCCUGGCAGCUACAUAAACCAUGCGUCCUGGUCACUCCAUCCUUCCCUAGAACAUCACCAUGCCGCUAAACACCUUCGCCCUGGGCGUGGCCCUCACCCCGGCGGUCCUUCAGACCCUGAUCUCUCAUUAUCUCCAUCGCAAAUCGCUUCGCCAUAAGCCCAAUGUCCAUCUUACCUAUGAUGAGGCUAUUCGCAUCCUGCGCGAAUUCCUCACCUACGCGGCCAAGCACCCCGUCGAGGAUCUCCAGGCCUUUUCCUGCCAGAAGGUGCCCGUGCCCCAUUGGGUGAAGCUCCAGACUGUGACGGUCUCAGAAGAUCAUCUAUCAUCCGCAGCGAAUGCCAUCAACAAACAGCUCGGCCCGAAGGGUAUCGAACGGGUUGGCGGGAGCGAGUGGUGGCAAUGGCGGGGACCAGCGGAGGAUCUGAAGGGAGAGUGGAUCGAGAUGAAGGACGAUUACAAUGCACGGACGCAGACGAGUCGUGAUCACCCUAGUCAGAAGCGGAUCAUGUUGUAUAUUCAUGGCGGGGCGUAUUUCUUCGCCAGUGUGGAUACCCAUCGGUACCAGAUGCAGCGGCACGCGAGGAAGCUCAAGGGACGGGUGUUUGCACCGAAAUAUCGUUUGGCUCCGCAGUAUCCGUUUCCAUGCAGUCUGCAGGACUCUUUGGCCUCUUAUUUGUAUCUUUUGGAAGCUCAUGACCCCAAGGAGAUUAUCUUGGCUGGAGACUCGGCGGGUGGUGGAAUGGUGCUUUCGAUGCUCGUGAUCCUGCGCGAUCAAGGGAUUCCCUUGCCGGCGGGCGCAAUCUUGAUCUCGCCCUGGGUGGACCUCACGCAUUCAUUCCCGAGCAUUGUCGCGGACAACCCGGGCGAUUAUAUUCCCCCGUAUGGCUUUAGACAUAAGCCCUCCGCAGCGUGGCCCCCGCCAAACGCAGAUGAGCUCCGCGAGCUCAAGAAAGGCCUUGCCAAGAAUCCCGCCAGCCAAAGUGAAGCCCUCAAGGCGAUCCCGAACGACCAUAGCGAGGAUGCAGACACGGCUGCGAAGGGGUAUUCAGAAUACAAGAAUGGCACGCCUGAGGUAGACCACGAGAGUAUCCGGGUGACGCUUGACGGCGAGACUGUGGAGGUCAAGGAUCAAAUCCACAUGUACACGACCAACGAACUGUUGACACAUCCUCUCGUUUCUCCAAUCCUGCAGCCGUCUUUGGGCGGUCUGCCCCCGCUGCUGAUCCAAAGUGGCGGCGGCGAAAUGCUACGCGAUGAACAAUUUUACAUUGCUCACAAAGCCGCCAACCCCGCGGCAUACCCGCCCAGCGAUCGGUUCAUGGAAGAGCACGAUCCAACUCGCGAGAUCCUCCACAAAUAUCCGGGAACACACGUGCAGCUGCAGGUCUGGGAUGACCUCUGCCACGUUGCUCCCACCCUCAGUUUUACACGCCCAGCCAAGUACAUGUACCGGGCCAUCGCACAAUUCGGAGCUUGGGCCCUGGCAUGCGCCCAGAAGGCAGAGGUUGAUAUCGCCGAUCAACAUUCGGGGUCGUCCAGCGAGACCGACAGUACGUCUGAAGCGACCAACGGUGCCACUGAUGACUCCGUCUCGUCCAUUGGAAAAGCCGGCGAUCCAUUGCCAGCAUUCAAGGAUCGCAUGAUCCGUCAGCGAGUGGACAAGCGAGGCAAUGUCUACCCGCUUGAUCCUCCAUCCUCCUGCUCCGUUCUUCAAAUCCCUAGCUCUGAUGUCGGUGCCUUCAACCCGGAUCUGGUCCGCGGGUGGCUCAUCGCGAAGCAAGAGUGGGACGACAAGUUCGCCAAGGAGAAGCUCCGCGUUCAACGACAGCGGAUCAAGGAACUGGCGUAUGGGCUACAAGCCUUCAAGGGUGAGCUGCCUCCCCCUAGUUCUCUGGCAGCUAGACGAACCGCCCCUGGCGUAUUGCCAUCCAAGACCGGCCGCAAGAGCUACCCCAUGACCAUGUGGAGCCGGGUGGCUAGCAAGCAAGACGAGAGAAUCAUCGCGCGGGACCAACAGAAGGGCAACCAUGCCAAGCGGACCAGUGUCGACGCCGGACGCGCCGGAGCGUCGAUGGACGAGGCCGAGGCACGACGAGCGGACGUCUUGCCCACCGUCGACCCGUCCACUCGCCCAGGCAUUGUCAUUCAGGAACCGACCAACGUCAGAGACGCUGCAGACACGUCCGAACGGGCGAGCUUAGCCUCUCCCAAGAGCUCAACGGACGCACUCGCCCCGUCGCUCACCAAGUCCACCAGCCGACUGAUACUUCUCCCCGAAUACGAAGGGAAGAAGCUCCUCGACGAGAACGCCAGCACGAGGACACUCUUCCGCGAAGCCGGGGCCAUCCCAACGGGAUCUGACGCCGCAUGGGCGCGCCUCCGCCAACGUCCAUUGUCACAUGCCGGCUCCGGCACCAUCCGCAGUGAAUUCACCUCCGAGCUGCCCGAAGACAGCAGUACCAUUGGCGAUGAAAAGUCAUUAGCAGUGACCACCACCGGUGUAGAUGCGGCGAGUACGCGAGCGGUCCUCCACGCGGGGGGUGUCGUGAGCCCACUCAGCGACGAUGACUCGGCCUAUCGAUCUUUCGAUGCGACGGACGGAGGGAGUAUCGAGCCGUCUGUCAGUGUCGGCGCCGCUGAAGCGACCAGUGCAGCGAGUGUGAAUGGCACAGACACUGACAAGCAUGCACGUCCGACGAUGCCGGAUCGAGAGUUUUUCAAAACGGCCGAAGAGUUUGUUGCAUAUUGAUCAUUUACAGCGCUGCGAUAUACGUUCGUUUCUUUCUUUGUUUCUUCACUUGAUUACCUGGAUAAUCACUUGGAUCACAUCUAGGAUAUCUUGGAUUGUUGUGAUGUCUUCUACAUUCUUUGUCUGAGCAUGCGAGUAUAUGCUGUCCUUUUGCAUGUUAAUCUCUUCUGUUUGUGUGAAUACCCCAUCCCUACUAGAUACCAUCUACCGCUCUACCCAACCAAUACCACGUUACUGUACAUAAACCAACAUAAUACAUGACACAUGAAUUGG